AGGAAGUGCAGCUUAUUUGGGGUUUUCUCUCGUUAGAGUGGGUUUAUCCCUGAGCUGCAAACAUGCACGGGCAGAGGUGAUCAGCUGAGCCCUACAGAGAGGCAGAUUCCUCUUGCUAAAAACUAGUUCUUUUACUAUUGACGUUUUAAUAUCAGCACUUUGGGACAUAUAAAUAAUGGAACUUUCUAGCAAUGAUUCGCUGCCCCCCACUCUGAGUCCGGCUGUGCCCCCCUAUGUAACUCUCGGACUGACCACGGUGUAUACGGUCUUUUAUCUGCUGCUGUUUGGGUUCGUCUAUGUGCAGCUGUGGCUGGUGCUGCACUACAAACACAAGAGGUUCAGCUACCAGACAGUCUUCCUCUUCUUGUGCUUGUUAUGGGCUUCACUCCGGGCCAUACUCUUCUCCUUUUAUUUCAAGAACUUUGUGGAAGCCAAUACACUGGGUGCCUUCACCUUCUGGUUGCUCUAUUGCUUCCCUGUAUGUCUGCAGUUCUUCACUUUGACCCUCAUGAACCUCUACUUUGCCAGGGUAAUCUUUAAAGCAAAAUCCAAAUAUUCUCCAGAGCUGCUAAAAUACAGGCUACCCCUGUAUUUGGUAUUCCUAAUCAUCAGUGCAAUUUUCUUGGUGGUGAACCUCACCUGUGCAAUACUGGUAAAGACAGAAUACGCAGAGACAAAAGUCAUUGUGUCCAUCAGAGUCGCCAUUAACGAUAGUCUCUUUGUGCUGUGCGCAAUAUCGCUGUCCAUUUGCCUUUACAAGAUUUCAAAAAUGUCUCUGGCUGGUGUUUACUUGGAAUCUAAGGGUUCAUCUGUGUGCCAAGUUAUAUGUAUAGGAGUCACAGUCAUACUACUGUACACCUCAAGAGCCUGCUACAACCUAGUUGUCUUGUCGCUGUCAGAAGACUCUCGAUACAGCUCCUUUGAUUACGACUGGUAUAAUGUGUCAGACCAGGCUGAUUUAAAGUGCAAACUUGGAGAUACUGGCUACAUUGUCUUUGGAAUAAUCCUUUUUGUUUGGGAACUGCUACCGACGAGUUUAGUGGUUUACUACUUCCGUGUGCGAAACUCUGCUCAGGAUAUGACAAACCCUGGCUUGGUACCUAAUCAUGGCUUUGGGCCGCGUUCGUUUUUCUUUGACAACCCGAGGCGCUAUGACAGUGAUGAUGACUUAGUGUGGAAUAUAGCACCUUCAACCUUACAGGGCAGCUUUGUUGAUGAUUAUUUGAAUUGGGGUAAUCGAAAUAGUUUUGGGUCACAUCAUGGAUCUCUUCAGCAAGAUUCUACAGUGGUUGCAGAGAGAUUGAAUCAAACGUAGCUGCAAAUUCAUUUUCCUCUCUUCAUUAACGGAUUUGUCUUCCAUUGCAACAUCUUUGAAAAGGAUGCCCUUAUUUUCCUCCAAGGAGUUGCAUAAUGUCUCUGUUAACAAAGGGACUCAAAUUUUUAUGACUUUGGAAUGAUCUAUUUGCACAUAUAUAUUAGCAGCAAGCAUUAGUUCUAUAUAUUACUGCACAGACAUCUGCGUUUCUCUUUUAGGACUAUGUUUGGAAAUCUUCACCCGGAAAUCCUACUGCUUAAAAAAUAACCCCCUCCCUAUUUUACUACAUCUGAUUGUGUGUGUUGUAUAUAGUUCAACAAAAGCUUCGCAAUAUUUUUUUUCUUUUUCGAAACUAUGCUUCCUAAGUGAUAUGUAUUUUUAUUCGUGAGCACGGCAUUGAUAUUUUUAUUGACAUAUUGGAUGAUUUGAUUAAUAAUGCAUUGUGAUCUAGCAGCAAUUAUUUGGGAAAGUUCAAAUAAUAUUUUAAAUCAUGAUGGGUGAUUUUUUAAGACUGACAGCUAGUGUCCCUUAAAGGAACAGUAGAGUUUGUGUCACUUCUAAUUUCCUAGUACUGCAAAAUACGGCAUUAUUUUAAAAAUGCAGAUUUAUUUUGCAUAUUAAUUAAAAUGUACAACAGGUCAACAGUUUGUUAUUAAAUAACCUAUGGAUGCCACAGCCAAUCAGAGACCUUCAAGCAAGAGAUUAUAUUUUCUAUGGAGGAGUUCAUUUUCUAAGGUGAAUACAGGCACAGUGUCUCUCCUGACACAUACAGCACUUGGGGGGGGGGCUACUAGUGACUUGGGCACUACGGCCUCUGAUUGGCUUGAGGUAUGGGACUGGGGAGGGGGGCAGCUGGUCCCAGCAGAAAUUAGGGUAAGCUUUUUAACGUGCAUCUUUUAAAUAGCUGUUCUGAUAGCAAACCAGAUGUGAUGCAUCACUCCAAUUUCCAUUUUAAAAAAAAAAAAGGCUUCUUUACAAAGUGGCUUUUUCAGCAUAUUCUAAAUUGACUAUCUUUUAUACAGUGGCUUAAUGCGGUAGAACCAUUAAUGUGAGAGCUAAUAGUUUUAUGCAAACAGUGUUAUGGCUCUGCAGAUAUAGGAAAUCCAUCUGAUCCACAGUAAAUGUGUUGUACUAUACUGGUUUCCUGAUUUUUUAAUUUGUUGAGCUGGAUAACAUCCAUUAUAAAUAUAUAUAUAUAUAUAUACGUGCUUACAAUAUUUUACCUUUAUAAACCCAUAGUUAUCACAGAUACCCAUAGUUUAAUUGAUAAUUCAAAGUACUUUCAAUUAGACAUUCUCUCCUAUCCCAUAUGCUAUAGAACUUGCACACUAAAGUCUGAUGGUGAACACAUUUUUAUAUAUCUACAUGUUAGUGAAUCUGCUACUUAUGUAGAUCUGGGUCUCGCUGGAUUCUUAAAUUCUCUAGUGAAUCCAGGGUAGUGAGACGUAACACAAAUUCUCAUACAUUAAUCUGCAGAUAUUAUUUAUUUUUAUAAGCUGAGAUUUUUUAGCAAAUAGCAUUGCCAUAGAAAUAAGAUGUUUUUUGCUAAAGCUUAAGUGCUCGUACACUAAAGCGCAUAAGAUUUUAUAGAGAAAGUCAUUCGCCAUUUUUUUAUUUAUUGAAUAAAUUACAAUCCCUGUUUUUUUGUUUUGUUUUUUUUUUUUAAUAUUUUUUUGUGUGUAUAACAUGUACAAUCGACUGAACAGCUAAUGACGGUGACUGUCACCUUUGAAAUUCUUGCACUUUUAAGGAGAGAAAGUUAGCAGUCAAUUUGCUAAUUUCUUAUCUUAUCCACAUAUGAGUAACUGCCAAAUGGAGCUGCUACUAGUGAAUUUGAGGUGUGCACAGAAAGCAAACUUGUUAGUUGUGUCAAACACUUAGCUUCAAGGCAAUCAGUUAUGCCAUUUAUCAUUGCGAGUUCUUGUUUCCUUUUUUUUUUAGUAAUCAAUUUAAUUUAUAAAUUAAUUCUUUGAAUUUCUAAACUAUAUGUGUUCCCUAGAUAAACCACUAGGAUUACCUUUCCUAUAGUAACUGCACAGAACAAGUAACUGUUGUGUUUUGUUUUUUUUGUUUAGUUUUUUUGUUUUUCUUACGUUACAGACAUUAAACUCCCCCCCCCCCCCCCUCCGAAACAUCAUAUAUGUAUACUGUUUGUUGAUGCAGACAUUUAUUUUAGGGGAGUAUCUUGUCUGUAUUUUUAAAGAUAAUUCUAAAAGGAUCAGCUGGAGAUAACAUUUAUAUAAUGCUGGUCAUAACAGAAAUUGUUUUAUCAAUUUUAUAUAUUUAAAAAAAAAAGCAAAUAAAAAUUUGAAAGAUUUAA